GCUACAAACGGAGAACCGGUCAGAGUUUCCCACGCGCAGACGCUCUUCAGAGACGUCGGGAUUUAUUUAUUAAUUAACACGGAUAUUUAGUCUAACUCUUUUGCACUUACUGGAGAUUUACAGAAGACUUCUGGGAUCUAUGAGAGCUUCAGGAAGGAUUUUAAAGAAGUUGUAACGCCGAGGCGGAGUUAUGAACCGUUUCUUGGUGAAAUUAACGCUACUGGCGGCAGCUUCGUUCGCGACGGCGGCACAAGGGCAAAGAUGCUCAGAAUACUGUCAGAAUGGAGGAAUAUGUGAGCUCAAGCCGAGCGGAGAAGCAUCAUGCAGGUGUCCCGCAGACUUCGUCGGCCCCCAGUGUCAGUUCCUGAACCCCUGCAGCCCGUCGCAGUGUCGUAAUGGAGGCGUGUGUCGCACACGGAUGAAGGGCAAUGACGUGGAGCUGGUCUGCGACUGCGUGUUGGGAUACAGCGGCCCGCUCUGUCUGACGCCCGUCAAUCACGCCUGCAUGGGCUCCCCGUGCCGAAACGGCGGGACAUGCUCUCUGCUCACGCUCGAGACCUUUACCUGCCGCUGCCCACCUGGAUGGUCAGGUAAAACAUGCCAACAGGCUGACCCAUGUGCGUCGAACCCCUGUGCCAACGGCGGACAGUGUUCAGCGUUCGAGUCGCACUACAUCUGCACCUGCCCUCCUAACUUCCACGGACAGACGUGCCGGCAGGACGUGAACGAGUGCGCCCUCUCGCCCUCCCCCUGCCGGAACGGAGGCACCUGUAUAAACGAGGUGGGAUCGUACCUGUGCCGCUGCCCACCUGAGUACGCUGGCACACACUGCGAGCGCCUCUACCACCCCUGCCACCCCUCGCCCUGCAGGAACGGAGGCACCUGCUUACAGACCAGCGACACCACCUAUGCCUGCACUUGUCUGUCAGGGUUCACGGGUCAGACGUGUGAGCAUAACGUUGACGACUGCACCCAGCAUGCCUGUGAGAAUGGAGGCAGGUGUAUCGAUGGCGUAAACACCUACAACUGCCACUGCGACAAACACUGGACCGGUCAGUACUGUACGGAGGACGUGGAUGAGUGUGAGCUCUCUCCUAAUGCUUGUCAGAACGGAGGGACAUGUCACAACACCAUCGGCGGCUUUCACUGCGUGUGUGUGAACGGCUGGACGGGCGACGACUGCAGCGAGAACAUCGACGACUGCGCCAGCGCCGCCUGCUCGCAGGGUGCCACCUGCCACGACAGAGUCGCAUCUUUCUUCUGCGAGUGUCCACAUGGACGCACAGGUCUUCUGUGUCAUCUUGACGAUGCCUGCAUCAGUAAUCCAUGUCAGAAGGGCUCAAACUGCGACACGAACCCAGUGAGUGGAAAAGCCAUCUGCACCUGUCCGCCCGGGUACACGGGAUCCGCCUGCAACCAAGACAUCGAUGAGUGCUCGCUCGGUGCGAACCCAUGUGAGCAUGGCGGACGGUGUCUCAACACUAAAGGCUCGUUCCAGUGCAAGUGUCUUCAAGGUUAUGAAGGUCCACGCUGUGAAAUGGACGUCAACGAGUGCAAGUCGAACCCCUGCCAGAACGACGCCACCUGCCUCGACCAGAUCGGUGGAUUCCACUGCAUCUGCAUGCCAGGUUACGAGGGUGUGUUUUGUCAAAUAAACACAGACGACUGUGCAUCACAACCUUGCCUCAACAAUGGAAAAUGCAUCGACAAGAUCCACUCAUUCCACUGCCAAUGUCCCAAAGGGUUCUCUGGGAAUCUGUGUCAGGUGGAUGUGGACGAGUGUGCCAGCACACCGUGUAAAAAUGGCGCUAAAUGCACAGACGGACCCAACAAAUACACCUGCGAAUGCACUCCAGGAUUUGCUGGCGCUCACUGUGAGCUGGACAUCAAUGAGUGCGUGUCGAGCCCUUGUCAUUACGGAGUGUGUCGGGACGGCGUGGCUGCUUUCACCUGUGAUUGUCACCCCGGAUACACGGGCCGCCUGUGCGAGACCAACAUAAACGAGUGCUUGAGCCAACCCUGCCGAAACGGAGGCACCUGCCAGGACAGAGAGAACGCCUACACCUGUACCUGUCCUAAAGGAACCACAGGAAUGAACUGUGAGAUAAACAUUGACGACUGCAAGAGUAAACCGUGCGACUAUGGAAAGUGCAUCGACAAGAUCAACGGCUACGAGUGUGUGUGUGAACCCGGAUACACAGGCUCAAUGUGUAACAUCAACAUUGACGACUGCGCGUUAAACCCGUGUCACAACGGCGGCACCUGCAUCGACGGCGUCAACAGCUUCACCUGCCUCUGUCCCGAGGGUUUCCGUGACGCCACCUGCCUCUCCAAACACAACGAGUGCUCCAGCAACCCCUGUAUCCACGGCAACUGCCUGGACCAGAUCAACAGCUACAGAUGCAUGUGUGAGGCCGGCUGGACGGGACGCAACUGCGACAUCAACAUCAACGAGUGUCUGUCCAACCCGUGUGUGAACGGAGGCACCUGUAAGGACAUGACCAGCGGCUACAUGUGCACCUGCAGAGCCGGCUUCAGCGGUCCCAACUGCCAGACAAAUAUUAACGAGUGUGCAUCCAACCCCUGCCUAAACCAGGGCACCUGCAUCGACGACGUGGCCGGAUUCAAGUGCAACUGCAUGCUGCCUUACACGGGCGAGGUGUGUGAGAGCGUUUUGGCUCCCUGUGCUCUGCGUCCUUGUAAGAAUGGAGGUGUCUGUCGUGAGUCUGAGGAUUUUCAGAGCUUCUCUUGUGCUUGUCCUGCUGGAUGGCAAGGUCAGACGUGUGAGGUAGAUAUUAACGAGUGUGUGAGGAAUCCUUGCACUAACGGAGGAGUGUGUGAGAACCUGCGUGGAGGAUAUAAGUGCCGCUGCAACCCCGGAUUCAGCGGAGAUCUGUGCCAGAACGACAUUGACGACUGCGCGCCAAAUCCGUGCAGUAAUGGCGGUGUGUGUCAGGACCGUGUGAACGCCUUUGUGUGUGUGUGUUUGGCUGGUUUCCGUGGUGAGCGCUGUGCAGAGGACAUCGACGAGUGUGUGAGCGCCCCCUGCCGAAACAGAGGGAACUGCACCGACUGCGUCAACAGCUACACCUGCAGCUGUUCUGUAGGAUUCAGCGGCAUCAACUGUGAGAUCAACACACCCGACUGCACUGAGAGCUCUUGUUUUAAUGGCGGAACAUGUGUGGAUGGCAUAAACUCUUUCUCAUGCGUGUGUUUGCCGGGAUUCACUGGGAAUUACUGCCAGCAUGACGUUAACGAGUGCGACUCGCGGCCGUGUCAAAACGGAGGCACCUGUCAGGAUGGAUACGGCACCUACAAAUGCACCUGCCCUCACGGAUACACCGGACUCAACUGCCAGAGUCUGGUGCGCUGGUGUGACUCUUCCCCCUGUAAGAACGGUGGCUCAUGUUGGCAGCAGGGGUCUUCUUUCACCUGCCAGUGUGCCAGCGGCUGGACCGGCAUCUACUGUGACGUCCCCAGUGUCAGCUGUGAGGUCGCUGCCAAGCAGCAAGGAGUGUCUGCGGCUGUUCUGUGCCAUAACACGGGUCAGUGUGUUGAUGUGGGUAACACACACCUGUGCAGAUGCCAGGCCGGAUACACAGGCAGCUACUGUCAGGAGCAGGUGGACGAGUGCAUGCCGAACCCCUGCCAGAACGGAGCCACCUGCACCGAUUACCUGGGAGGAUACAGCUGUGAGUGCGUUCCUGGAUAUCACGGAGUCAACUGCAGCAAAGAGAUAAACGAAUGUCUGUCUCAACCCUGUCAGAACGGAGGAACCUGCAUCGACCUCAUCAACACGUACAAAUGCUCCUGUCCGCGGGGAACACAAGGUGUUCACUGUGAGAUUGAUGUCGAUGACUGUUCCCCGGCCGUGGAUCCGUUAACUGGCGAGCCGCGCUGUUUUAAUGGCGGCCGCUGUGUUGACCGCGUUGGAGGUUAUGGCUGCGUGUGUCCGGCUGGGUUUGUGGGCGAGCGCUGCGAGGGCGAUGUCAAUGAGUGCCUGUCUGACCCCUGUGACCCCAACGGAUCCUACAACUGCGUACAGCUUAUCAACGACUUCCGCUGCGAAUGCCGUACAGGAUACACCGGCAAGCGCUGUGAAACUGUGUUCAACGGUUGCAAGGACACACCAUGCAAAAAUGGAGGAACAUGUGCUGUAGCGAGCAACACCAAACACGGAUACAUCUGCAAGUGUCAGCCGGGUUACUCUGGCUCCUCCUGCGAAUAUGACGCCCAGUCCUGCGGCUCCCUGCGCUGUCGUAACGGUGCUACCUGUGUCUCGGGACACCUGAGUCCCCGCUGUCUCUGCCUGCCGGGCUUCAGCGGACACGAGUGCCAAACACGCAUGGACUCGCCCUGCCUCAACAACCCCUGCUAUAAUGGCGGCACCUGCCAAUCCAUCAACGACGCCCCGUUCUUCCGCUGCUCCUGUCCAGCCAACUUCAACGGACUCCUCUGCCACAUCCUUGACUACUCCUUCAAAGGAGGGCAGGGCCGAGACAUCGCCCCGCCGGAGGUGGAGAUCCGAUGUGAAAUCACUCAGUGCGAAGGCAGGGGCGGAAACGCCAUCUGUGAUACCCAGUGUAACAAUCACGAGUGCGGAUGGGAUGGCGGCGACUGCUCUCUGAAUUUCGACGACCCGUGGCAGAACUGUAGCACCGCCCUGCAGUGCUGGAGGUACUUCAACGACGGCAAAUGUGACGAGCAGUGCGCCAACGCUGGCUGCCUGUAUGAUGGCUUCGACUGCCAAAGACUGGAGGGGCAGUGCAAUCCGCUGUACGAUCAGUACUGUAGGGAUCACUAUGCAGAUGGUCACUGCGAUCAGGGCUGUAAUAACGCCGAGUGCGAAUGGGACGGUCUGGACUGCGCCGAUGACGUUCCUCAGAAACUGGCCGUGGGGAGUCUGGUUCUAGUGGUCCACAUCCCACCAGACGAGCUUCUCAACCGCUCCUCGUCUUUCCUCCGCGAGCUGAGCGGACUGCUGCAUACCAACGUGGUGUUCCGCCGCGACGCUAACGGAGAGCCGCUCAUUUUCCCGUACUAUGGCAACGAGCACGAGCUGAGCAAGCACAAGCGCUCUGAUUGGACGGACCCGGCCCAGCUGCUGCAGCGCGCCAGGAGGAGCCUGACGGCCUUCAUGAAGCCCCGCCUCCGACGAGAACUCGAUCAGAUGGAGAUCAAAGGGUCUAUCGUCUAUCUAGAGAUUGACAACCGUCAGUGUUACCAGCAGUCUGACGAGUGUUUCCAGAGCGCGACGGAUGUGGCGGCUUUCCUCGGAGCGCUGGCCUCUAGCGGGAAUCUCAAUGUUCCUUACAUCAUCGAGGCCGUCACAAGUGAGGACCCCCCCUCAAAGACAGGAGAGAUGUACCCCAUGUUCCUGGUGCUGCUGGCGCUGGCGGUUCUGGCGCUGGCGGCUGUGGGCGUCGUGGUCUCCAGGAAGAGGAAGAGGGAACACGGGCAGCUUUGGUUCCCCGAGGGAUUUAAAGUCACAGAACCCAAAAAGAAACGAAGGGAACCGGUUGGAGAGGAUUCUGUUGGACUCAAGCCUCUGAAAAACUCGGACAGCUCUCUGAUGGAUGAACAACUGAGCGAAUGGGCAGAAGAUGACACGGCUAAACGGUUCCGGUUUGAGGAGCAGUCUAUUCUGGACAUGAGCGGUCAGCUGGAUCACCGGCAGUGGACACAGCAGCACCUGGACGCCGCCGACCUGCGGCUGAACUCUAUGGCUCCGACUCCACCGCAGGGCGAGAUCGAGAACGACUGCAUGGACGUCAACGUCCGCGGGCCUGACGGCUUCACUCCGCUGAUGAUCGCGUCGUGCAGCGGCGGAGGUCUGGAGAACGAAAACGGCGAGGGAGAAGACGAUCCCUCCGCUGACGUCAUCACUGACUUCAUCUACCACGGCGCCAACCUGCACAAUCAGACGGACCGGACCGGCGAGACCGCGCUGCACCUGGCUGCCCGCUACGCCCGCUCAGACGCCGCCAAACGCCUGCUGGAGUCGUGCGCCGACGCUAACGUUCAGGACAACAUGGGCCGCACGCCUCUCCACGCCUCUGUUUCUGCUGACGCACAGGGAGUCUUCCAGAUUCUUAUUCGGAACCGAGCGACGGAUCUGGACGCCCGCAUGCAUGACGGAACGACUCCGCUGAUCCUGGCCACCCGAUUGGCUGUCGAGGGAAUGGUGGAAGAGCUCAUUAACUGCCAUGCAGAUCCCAAUGCUAUUGAUGAUUCUGGUAAAUCUGCUCUUCACUGGGCGGCUGCAGUUAAUAAUGUGGACGCUGCUGUCGUUCUUCUGAAGAAUGGAGCGAAUAAAGACCUACAGAAUAACAAGGAGGAGACGCCACUUUUCCUGGCUGCUCGUGAGGGAAGUUACGAAACCGCUAAAGUCCUGCUUGAUCACCUGGCCAACCGUGAGAUCGCGGAUCACCUAGACCAGCUUCCACGCGACAUCGCGCAGGAGCGCAUGCACCACGACAUCAUCCGUCUGUUAGAGGAAUACAACCUGGUCCAGAAUCCCGCGCUGCCUCUAUCGCCCCCUCUCUGCUCGCCCAACACCUACCUGGGCAUCAAACCCAGCCCGGGCGGUGCCAACAACAACAACACGGCCAAGAAAGCGCGGAAAACGAGCAGUAAAGGCGUAGGAGGGAAGGAUGGCGGAAAAGACAUGAGAAUGAAAAAGAAAAAGGCCGGAGAGGGCAAAAAUGGAGGCAUUAUGGAAGUGGGCGUCCUCUCGCCUGUCGAUUCGCUGGAGUCGCCCCACGGUUACCUGUCGGACGUCUCGUCCCCGCCUCUGAUGACAUCACCGUUUCAACAGUCCCCGCCCAUCACUUUGAAUCAGCUCCAAGGAUUGGCCGACACCCACAUGGGCGGAGCUCUUCAGAGCUUAGGGAAGCCAUUUGACUCUGCCCUUCCUCCUCGCUUAUCCCAUCUGCCAGUGGCUAACAAUGGAGGCGGAGCUCAAACGGCGGGGUGCGAUUGGCUGCAAAGGGUGCAGCAACAGCAGGCAGGCUUCACAACCCUGAUACCCACAAUGCUCUCUGCCACCAAUAUGCCACAGGUCAUGGGCUAUCCCACAAUGCAAAGCAGCCACCUCGGCAUGCCGUCGCACAUGAUUCCCAACCACGCCCAUCAGAAUAUGGUGCCUAUGCAGCACCAAAACAGCGCCGCCUCUGGCCACGCCCUCUCUCAUCACUUCCUAGGUGACUUAACUGGGCUGGAUCCUCAGUCCGGCUCAGGACACGCCCCCAUCCAGACCAUCCUACCGCAGGAGAGCCAGCGCAUGGCUCCGCCCAUUUCUAGCACACAGUUUCUGACUCCGCCUUCUCAGCAUAGCUAUUCCAACCCUAUGGACAACACUCCCAGUCACCAGCCACAGGUUCCCGACCACCCGUUCCUCACACCCUCCCCUGGAUCUCCCGACCAAUGGUCAAGCUCGUCUCCACAUUCCAACUUGUCUGAUUGGUCAGAGGGCAUCUCGAGCCCGCCCACCAGUAUGCAGAUGAACCAUAUCCCAGAAGCCUUCAAGUAGGCGGGGCUUUGGCAUCAAGAAGCUAAACUGAAUAGACAAUUUUAUAUUAAUGAUAAAAACUCUUUUUAUGAUAUUUGUAUGCUAAGAACCAUUUUUAUUCAUUUUUGUAUUUAUUUAUAUGCG